AUGGAACAAAGAGAAUCAACAAAUGAAGCAUAUCUACGUCAACUCAUUCAAAGUUUCAAGAGGUUGCGCAUCUUGGAUAUGCAUGCCACAAAUGUAAGGAAGGUGCCAAGGUCCAUUUGUAAGUUGAAACAUCUAACGUAUCUCGACCUCUCUCAUAAUAGUGCACUCAAAAGGCUUCCUAACUCCAUUAAGAGAUUGCAGAAUUUGCAAACACUUAAUCUCUCCCAUUGUAUUGCCCUUGAAGAAUUGCCAAUGCCGCAUGGACUUGGGCAAUUGAGUUCUCUACAUAAGCUGACGCACUUCAUUUUGCCCAAAGAUAAAGCUCGUGCUAAGAAUUAUUGCAGACUUAGGGAGCUAAAUGGGCUUAAUGAAAUUCAGGGAAGCCUCAGAAUUGAAAAUUUAGGAUGCAUAACAAACGCAGUAUUAGAAUCCAAGGCUGCAAACUUGAUAGGGAAGCAUUCUCUAGAAUCUUUGGAACUUCACUGGGGCUAUCACGAAUCUGAUGAUGCAGUAAUCAGGGAUCGAGAUGAAGCUCUAUUAGAUGGACUGAGGCCACACUCAAAUCUACGGAAUUUGAUGAUCGAUGGCUAUAGAGGUGAGAGCUUUCCAAGGUGGAUGAUGGAAACCUUUGUGUUUUUCUUGCCAAAUUUAGUUGAGGUAAGCUUGCAACUUUGCCAAAGAUGUAAGCAUCUCCCUCAGCUUGGCCUUAACAAGUUGAAGCGGCUGAUUAUCUUGGAGAUGGAGCUUUUAGAAUGUUUGCCCGAGUGUUUGCAAAGUCUCACUUCACUUGAAUCUCUUAUCAUCUGGAAGUGUCCUCGGUUAACUUCCCUCUCACUCAGUAUGAGAAAUCUAUCGAACCUUCAGCAUCUCAAUUUUAGGAAUUGUGGGGAGCUCGAUUUAUCCAAAGACGAAAGCGGCAACAUCUUGGAUUUACAAGGACUUAAGAGUCUCCGGUCCGUGGACAUUGUUGAUGUUCCCAAACUAGCAUCUCUUCCACCGUGGCUUCUACAAGCCAACAGUCUUGAGCAACUUUCAAUUAAAAAAUCCUUCAAUUUGAAGGCUUUAUCAGAGCAGAUCGAGGCCCAUCAAUCACUUCAAUCGCUUGAGAUCGUCUGGUGCUCCUCGUUGACAUCAUUACCCGAAGGAAUGCGAAGGCUGGCUUCCCUUACUCACCUAAAAAUCGUAGGUUGCCCAGAUUUGGAGGAAAGGUGCAAAAAAGAUGCAGGCGAGGACUGGUACAAGAUCGCUCAUAUCCCGCAGAUAACUCAUCAGCUCGAAUAUUACGAGCAACUCGAAGAUUUUGACUAG